UGGGCCCAGGACGUGAGUCGGCGGGUGACGACGUCGGGGGCUCACAGGCUGCAGAGGGAGGUGGCACUUCAAGAUGGCGGCCUGAGGCUGGAGCCCGGGACCCACAAUGCUCUGCGCUCCCUCGGGCGGCCCCGAGAGCCUGCUGCUGGCCGUCUGCGUCCUUGUCCUCUCCGCGUUGCCGGGACAGUCCUCCCUCGUGACCCAGGAGCUGACGGAUGCGCCAUCGCCGGCGUCGCCCACCCCCGGCCUGGACCUGGAGUUUGACCCGCGGACGAUGACGCUCCGUUGGAGCUGCCAGGAAAACGCCACCCGCGCCACGUGCCGCCUGAGUCACAGGGAAAUGGGGGACAUUAAAGUUAAUGCGGAGGCCGAGUCCUGCCAGUGCACCUUUACCAGGGUCGCCCUGCACAGAGGCGCCACGCUGAAGGUCAGCACCACCGUGGACGGGGCCCCAGUGCAGGAGGAGCUGCCCUUCAGCAACCCAGGUGCACAGGGCACCGCCGCCCGGAACUUCUCGUGCGCCAUCUACAGCGCAGCCUUCAUGAACUGCACCUGGGCCCCUGGCCCUGCGGCCCCCAGCGACGUCCAGUAUUCUCUGUACAUGCGACAGUUGAAAGCUAACAGUGAAAGUAAUGAAACCGAAUGUCCCCAUUACAUACCAGACUCGGGGACCCACAGGGGCUGCCACCUGCGAGACAUCUCCAAGUUGAAGUACAGAACUUUCUUCCUGGUGAACGGGACCAGCCGGGGGACCGAGAUCCAGUUCUUUGAUUUGAUUCUGUCGACAAGGGAGAUGGAGCAGAUCAGUCCCCCGGACAACAUCAGCGUCCAGUGCAACGCGUCUCACUGCGUCCUCCAGUGGAACCAGCCCAGGACCAAGACCUACCUGACCUACCUGGACUUCCAGUAUCAGCUGGGCAUCCGGACACAGAACACCGAAAGAGCCCGUGGUGACAAUUCAGUGAUCAACGUCUCUGGGGAAGUGCACAACGUGUGCCACCUGCCCAGCCCGGAGCCCAGAGGCCCUCACAGCCUGAGGAUCAGAGCCGCGGACUCCCGCGGGGGACCCUGGGGUCACUGGAGCCGCCCCGUGGAGUUCGGUUCCCGGGGACAGGAGGGCGGCCUCCUGCACGUCUACCUGCUGGUGGUCCUGGGGACCCUCGUCUGCGCCCUGGUCCUCGGCUUCCUGCUCAACAGGUCCCACGGGCUGCGCAGACUCUUCCCCCCGAUCCCUCAGGUCAAAGACAAAGUGACCCCAAACGAUCAAGUGGACCACCAGAUGGACUGGGCACACGUGGCCACAGGAGGCAGCAAAGACGACCUCGAAGACGUCCUGACGGUGCAAGAAGUGAACUGAGCCGCAGGUGGGCACGGGGGGGACCCGUCCACCCCCCGAGAUGUCCGCAAGUUCUCCCUCCCGUCCUCCGUCGCCCGCGUACUGACCCUCGCUGGAGAAGUUUUCUAUUUUUUUACUUUUUUUGGAAGAAAAAGAUAUUUUUCUGAUAUUUUGCAAA